AUGCCCGCCUGGAAGUCUCUACUGAGCAUGCUGGCGCUGGCCGGCACGGCAGUGUCGUGCGCGCACCACGGCGACGCCGAGGUCGUCCCUGAACACGAGCGCGAGGAGCUGCUGAAGAAAUGGGACCAGGAGUGGUCCUUUUCUGGCAUCGCCAGCUUCGCACAUCUGCGCCCGGUCAAGUGCCUCGUCGAGCCAGACGAGCACUACGACAUCGCCGUGAUCGGCGCCCCCUUCGACACAGCCGUUAGCUACCGACCCGGCGCGCGCUUCGGCCCCCGCGCCAUCCGCGCCGCCUCCGCCCGCCAGAUGUCCGGCACCAGUUACAACACCCGCGCCGGCAUCAACCCGUACAAGUCGUGGGCCAAGAUCACCGACUGCGGCGACAUCCCCAUCACCCCCUUCGACAACGGCCUGGCCGAGCGCCAGAUGUACGAGGCCUUCCUGGAGCUCGGCUCGCGCAAGUCCGUGGCGAAGGUCGCCCCGGGCGACGCCCGCGUCGGCGCCGGACACCCCAAGCUCGUCACGCUGGGCGGUGAUCAUAGUGUGGCGCUGCCGGCGCUGCGGGCGCUGUACCAGAUCUACCAGAAGCCGAUUACGGUGCUGCACUUCGACGCGCAUCUGGAUACGUGGAACCCGGUGCGCUACUCGGCAUACUGGCAGAGCGAGCAGACGCAGUUCAACCACGGCAGCUUCUUCCACAAGGCUAGCCGCGAGGGCCUGAUUUGUAACUCCACGUCGGCGCACGCCGGCCUGCGCACCCGUCUGACGGGCGUCGAUGACGGCGACUAUACCACCCCCGGCCCGGAGCAGGGCUUCAUCCGCAUCCACGCUGACGAUAUCGACGAGCUGGGUCCCAUGGGCGUCGUCGACGCCAUUAUGCAGCGCAUCGGUCUGGAUCCCUCGCAGCCGGUCUACCUGUCUGUUGACAUUGACGUGCUGGAUCCCUCCACGGCACCCGGCACCGGAACCCCCGAGCCUGGGGGUUGGACGACCCGCGAGUUCAUCCGUAUCCUGCGCGGUCUGGAGAAGCUGAAUCUCGUUGGCGCGGAUAUUGUGGAGGUGUCGCCGGCGUACGAUAACAAGGGCGAGACGACGGCGCUGGCGGCGGCGCAGGUCGUCUUUGAGAUUAUUACUAGCAUGGUCAAGUCGGGCGUGGAUGAGGAUCUGGGUGGCUGGUAUGGCCGCCGUGAGGAUGGGUCCGGCGGCGUUGGUGUCAUCGCGGAGAAGGAGGACGCUGCCAAGGAUGAGCUGUAG